GACAUCCAGGCAACGAUGAGGUGAAGCAGUUGUUGUCGUCUCGAUGGUUGUGAUUAGCUGCCUGUAAAUCGAAGUGUAACGGCUGUUGCAUCGGAAUUAACGCGGUGUCCCUGGCCUGUAGGGUACCUGUUCCGCUCCGGAAUUAGUCAGACUGAGGGUUUCUUCCCCCGCUUCGCUUGCGGUGAGUUUAUCGCCAUGUUAUCAUCUGUUCCCACCAGGCUAUUUGCGCGAAGGUCGCGCAGCCUGUCGCCGUGCAGCCGCGUGCUCCAGACCAGCGCAAACGGUGCCGCGUGCCAGGGCAUCCGCGAGACACCGGCGGAGACCAACCGCAACCCCAUCGUGUCCACCUCCCGAGUGUCUAGAAGGGGAAUUUUGGCUGAGGAGACCGCUGGUACGAGUGUGAACCCAUCGGUGCAGUACCACCACCUCGCCCAUAGGUGGCUGUCCAACCUUCAGAACCGCCGCAGCUCCUGGGCGGCUCUGGCCAGCAGAGGGCGCAACAACAACCACUACUGGGAGGAGAGUGGGCAGGGCGGCGGAGAUGAGGGCCGGGGAGCAGGUGGAUCCAGCCGUGCAGGUGUAGCGUCUGCCGGUGUGCUGUCUGCUGCUGCCGUGGCAUUCUGCUUGAAGAAAGAUUCAGAUAACAAAGGUGAUGCUCUACUGGACGCAGCGAGGACCAAUAACUCUCAAGAUGUAGCCAGGCUGUUAAAAGAGGGGGUUGACCCAAAUCACCGGCACCGCUUGGGCUGGACCGCUCUCAUGGUGGCUGCCAUGAACCGACAGCACAGUGUGGUGAAGGUUCUGCUGGAAGCCGGCGCCGACCCAAAUGCCGGAGAUCACUUCAACAACGUUUACGACACCUCACGGGAGAAGGGCAUCCACUCGCUGGAAGUCCUCGUGUCCAGAGAGGACGAAUUCAGCAGCAGGCUCAGCAGCAGGGCCGGCUUCCGCGCCUGCACGGCGCUUCACUACGCCACGCUGGCUGAUGACCCGCACACCGUCCGCAUGCUGCUGGAAGCCGGUGCCAACCCCCUGCAGACCAAUGGUUUGGGACACACAGCACGGGCCUAUGCUAAGGAGGGAGACGUGAGCACAGUGCUGCAGGAGUGGGAAGGCAAGUUCCAGGAGGCGCAGGCUCGGCGGGAGGCGGAGGAGAGGAGGAGAUUCCCCCUAGAGAGGAGGCUGAAGGAGCAUAUCAUCGGACAGGAGGGGGCCAUCAAUACUGUGGCCUCAGCCAUCAGGAGGAAGGAGAACGGUUGGUACGAUGAAGAGCAUCCUCUCGUAUUCCUCUUCCUCGGCUCGUCGGGAAUUGGAAAGACAGAGUUGGCCAAACAGGUGGCCCGCUACAUGCACAAGGACAUCAAAAAGGGUUUCAUCCGUAUGGACAUGUCCGAGUUCCAGGAAAAACACGAGGUGGCGAAGUUCAUCGGCUCCCCGCCGGGAUACGUAGGACAUGAGGAAGGGGGUCAGCUGACCAAGCUGUUGAAGGCGUGUCCCAACGCCGUUGUCCUGUUUGAUGAAGUAGACAAGGCCCACCCUGAUGUCCUGACUAUCAUGCUGCAGCUCUUUGAUGAGGGUCGCCUCACAGACGGAAAGGGGAAGACCAUUGAAUGCAAAGAUGCAAUCUUCAUCAUGACAUCAAACGUUGCCAGCGAUGACAUCGCCCAGCACGCACUGCAGCUUCGCCAGGAAGCUGAGCAGGUCAGCCGCAGAAAGCUGGCCGACAACCUCGAGGAUGUACAGAAAAGGGAUGACAUCAAAAUCUCCCGACAGUUUAAAGAAUCAGUGAUUCGACCAAUCCUGAAGGCUCAUUUCCGGAGGGACGAGUUUCUCGGUCGGAUCAAUGAAAUUGUAUACUUCCUGCCAUUCUGUCACUCAGAGCUGCUACAGCUGGUCAGCAAAGAGCUCAACUUCUGGGCCAAGAAGGCUAAGCAGCGCCAUGACAUCACUCUUCAGUGGGAUCGCACAGUCCUUGACCUGUUGGCGGGCGGGUAUAACAUGCAUUACGGAGCACGCUCCAUCAAACACGAGGUUGAGCGCCGGGUCGUCAACCAGUUAGCCGCAGCGUACGAGCAGGAGCUGCUGCCCAAAGGCUGCACCCUGCGCCUGUCCGUCCAAUCGGAGGACCAGGAGGAGCGGAGUGCACCCAGUCUGCGCCUCGAAGUGGUGGGAGAGGACAGCUCAUCGAGAACGCUGGACAUCCGUCCACCGCUCAGUCCUGAACACUGACAGAGUGCACAGAAACACAGAGGAUAUAUGCAGAUGUGUAUGCACACCAUAUCAUCAUCAUCAUCAUCAUCAUCAUCAUCAUCAUCAUCAUCAUCAUCAUCAUCAUCAUCAUCACUGUGUCAGGAGGAUGGAUGGUUCUUGAUGGCUGGUACAAAUAAAAACACCUUUGAUAAACACAUCACUGCCUCUCUGUUUCAACACACACAUGCAGUAACAACAUGCCAACUUUUCCACGAUAUGCAGUCCACUAUCUGCCAACAGUGAGCCGGAAACGGAAAAUCAUCCAACUAGACCUUUAACGUUUCUUACAACAGACUUUCAUAUCAGCUGGGACUAUUAUCAAGAGGACUAAAUGUGUUGUAUAUGUGGCUUCAGUGUGCCUGUGCAGCUUCAACAACUUCAUCAGCAUCAUCAACAUCAAACAUCUCAUCAUCAGUCACCUGAAGCAUCGCAUCAGCUGAAAAAAAAACAAAGCUUUGCUGCAUUAUGUUAGUGGUAGCAGCAACUUAGCUGUGACACUGUGAUAAGCUAAUGUUCACUUCGUAGUUAGGACACUGAAAGCAGCCAAAAUCUCUCAUAUUUAUUAAAGAUCUAUGUACGUUAAGUUAAUGGCAAUGAAUAGUGGUACACUGAGGAUGAAUGGCAGUUUGGGGGGCGGUUGAGCUGUUGCAUGAUUUGGCAGAGACGAGGGAUGUCACAUGGAAAACGAUCUAAAUGGAUAUUGAUCGGAGGACAUUAACUGGUAGCGAAACUUUCAUCUCCUAAAUACCAAGUAAUCCGAUUAAAAAAUGACAACUGUUUUGCCAAAGUUGGGUGAGUAACAGCCGCUUUGUCCGCUUGCUGUGAAGGAAGAGGAAGUAUUAAUGACCAAAGAUUGUUGCCUGUUUGUUCACUUUUAAUCUCACUUCAGUGAUGAAUGUUUGCAAACAACCUGCUCAUUCGUUUCGUUUUAGUGAAGGAUGUGUUAGCGGAGAAACACCAAGCAGAGACGUCGAGCCCAUUUGAAUGAUGGGUAAUAUAACUGCCUCGUGAAUUGUCUCCAUUGAUGCAUGUUGAUGUGAAGAAGUCUCGUCUGUCACGACAGCGCGCUCUGCUGCUGUACAGUGUGUGACGUUCAGAGAAAUUUAGAGUCGUAAAGAAAUAAUAUUCAAAGUGUUGUCUCAUAAAUGUUUGAACAGCAUGUUGACAAGGCGCCAAAUGUAAUCCAGCGACAUUUCUCAUCCUUGUGUCUCAACAUGUAAAUAAAGUCGUCACA